AUGAUGAUUAUUAAAAAUUGCUAAUGUCUAAAAAAGCUAAUUUUAAAGACUAAAUUAAAAACUAAAUCACUGUUUCCAACUUCCCGAAAAUAUUUUGUGAGUGUUGACCCAAAAAGUAAACUCGAAAAGUUGUAAAAUUCAUACAUACAUUUUAUUUCCAGACAAAACGUACAGUUACUGCGAAAUCAGGAUGAAAUUCCUAAUUUUAAUAACGUUUCUCUUUUUGGGAAACGUGAAUUUAUCAGAGGUGUCUUUUUACGAGAUAUUAGGAGUGACAAAACAAGCUACUACCCAAGAAAUAAAACAAGCCUAUAAGAAGCUUGCAAUAAAACUCCACCCUGACAAAAAUCCUAAUGCAGCUGACCAACAAAAGUUUCUAAAGAUAACAGAGGCGUAUGAAACAUUGAAGGAUCCUGAAAAGAGGCAUAAGUACAAUCUGUACGGAUCCCGGCAGUCAUACACCAGAACAUAUGACUACCAGUCCCAAGAGGAAUAUAACAAUCUGUACUACAACGGCUUGUACCACAACGAUCCUUAUGUGGUUACUCUCUCCGCUAGCAGUUUUUACUCAUACUUGAAUGAUGGAUUAUAUUUUAUUAAUUUUUAUUCUCCAUUCUGCCCACCUUGUCAGAACUUAGCUGACCAUUGGAAGAAAUUGGCUGAAGUUUAUAAAGACAUAGUCAAUGUUGCAUCAGUGAAUUGUAAAUAUUACAAUUCCUUCUGCUACAACAACAUGAGAAUAGGAAGCUAUCCAUCUCUACUUUUUUACCCCGAUGGUAAAAAUGGCAAUUUUGUCUUGUACCGUGGUGCGCACAGGUUUGACUCCUUAGAGGAAUUUAUGAUGAUGUACAUAAAGAGUAAAGUUAAUGUUGCACAUGUGUCACAGAUACAAAAUGUGGACCAACCCAUAGCUUAUGUUGUUGAUACUGACAACUUGUACACUGAUGCAAUAAUGAGGAUAGCUUAUAAACUAAAAGGCUUAGCAACUGUGGUAAUCGCCAAAGAGAAUGUUCGGAUAAAGUUAACAGAUAAUACAGAGGCCGUAGUGAUAUUCAAGUACAAAAAUACGAAGAUCGAAAUAGAGAGUACGGACGAGAAAAUUAUUGUAAAUGACAUUGUGGCUGCCUUACCGAAAAUAGAAAAAAUUGGAUUGGAUAAGUUGAAGAAAAUAAGGACGGAUCUUCGUAACAGCCAUGACAGGUCCUGGUUGUUGUAUUUCACGAAGAAAGGAGACGAUUACAUGUUGUUACACCAAUUGAAGGCAGCUUUACCGCACAUGCAUUUUGGUGAAAUCGACUGUGACGCCCUAUCCGACCUGUGCGGCUCGCUGCAAGUGACCGAAACCCCAUCGUCCGGGUUGCUGAAGCCCGGAGGCGCUUACCAGUACUUAUGGCGCUCCGCCCCCGCGUACGUGGCGGACGCGGGGCGAGCGCUCAACCUGCACACCCUGUCACCGUCCGACUAUAAUAAUAUAUUGAGUGGAGAAAUGUCAAUGUGGAUGCUACUAGUGGCGCCGGCCGGCGCGGCGUGGGACCACCUGCUAGAUCCCUUCACGCAGGCCAGUCUCGACAUGAUCGACACAGACAUACAUUUCGGCAUAAUGGUGUGUACUGCAAGCACAGCGCAGUACUGCUACCGGCUUACACGUGAUGAGCCCGUGAUAGUCGUGCAGAACGCCAGCUCCAGACAUUACCACAACGGCCGCAUUGAGAGGGACGAUAUUGUGGAGUUUAUUGACCUACUCAGGGACACAACGGAUGUGGAGCUAACAGAGGAGCAGGCUAUAGAGGUGGCCGCGAGCCGCGACCAGAAUUGGGUGUUGGCGUACAUGCCCGCCGACUGCCGCGUCUGCGAACAGCUCAUGCAUGAGUGGCGGGUGGUGGCUAAGAGGGUUCAUCCGCUGCGCGACGCACGGGGCGGCGUGCGUGUCGGCGCGGUGCGGUGCGCUGUGGCGCGCGGCCCGCUGUGCGGCAACGUGCGCGCCGCCACCGCUAGACUGUACCCCACGGGGCGGAGGGAGCACUACGCCGUGACACUACAACAGCUGUCGCAGGCACCGUACAUGUUGGAGUGGAUAUUCGAUAUACUCGCCGACUCCAUAACCAAACUCAACUGGCAGGUGUUCUCAAAGUCCAUCAUAGCUGAAGAACUCAAUCCUAGCUCGAAUAAGAAGCCGUGGCUUGUGUACUUCCAUUCGCCGCGCUGUUACCGCUGCUACGAAAUGUUCCCGGAGUUUGCGACUGUGUCCAUUCUACUCAAAGACAGUAUGUUAUACGGCAAAGUGAACUGCGUAUCUGAACGCAGUUUGUGUCACAACGAGAAUAUAAACAGCUAUCCAUCGCUGCGUCUGUACCUGCCGCGUCGAGGUAGCAACAUGGCUACAGUUCGAUCUAUAUCGGUUAGGGACUUUGAAAACAUUAUUGAGGACAUAAAACCCCAUCUAGCGAGGUUCGACAGUAAUAUGUUGGUGGAUUUAGACAUGGCCAUCCGAAGUCAUAUACGUGAUGAGCUGUAGAAAUAUUAGGUAAUGGUGUAAUGAGUUAAGAUUAUGGUACAGGCUAUAUGGCUAUCCCUCCAU